CAUGCUGGCCCCGGCCCUGCUAUAGCAAUGCACCAUGCGACCUUCAUUUCGCCCCUGCAGCCUGUACUCACAAUCCUCGCCCUCAGAUCACAGCUCGCACCCGCCGCGGCCCUAUCGGACGCGUCACUGACCCAUUCUCCCACAGUUUUGCCGCGUGCUGUGUGUGUCCAAUUCACCGCCGCUAGUCGACCGUUUGAGCAGUUGCACCACUCUGCCGCCCCGCCCUCUGCUCCGCCAUUGGCCGCCGCUGCCGGUGAAGGCAGAAAAACACUUGCUCGCUCCAACGUCGCGUACGGCGACUGGCCGAUGCACGCCCGCAUCCACCAACCGCCAUGUACCGCACUCGAGAUCGGCCACGCGAUGCUCGUCACGGCAAUGCCUCUCGGGAGCAGCGUCAUGGGCGGCCUGGUCCAAUCGCCGCUGAUCGGCCCUGGGACGUUGCAUCUCACUCCUGCGAGCUCUGCGGAACCAUGA